GCCGCCUCUGCUUACAAUAACAACAUUUGCUAAUGCAAUUGGUAUUCUAAACCCAACGGCUUUACCUUUCCGACCGCAAUUUUUCCGGGGUAUACUUCCUUUUCUUAAAAUAUUAGAAUUACAGAUUUUUUUUUAAAAAGAGCAAAACUAGGAUAUUCUUUUAAAACGUUUAAACUAAUAUAAGACAUAAAUUGGAAAGGAAAAGGAAAGAGUAAAAAAUUUUGUUUUCAGUAACGAAGAAAAAACAAGAAAAUUAAUAAUUACUCCAUCCAUUUGUUAAUUGACUGAUUGACCCAUAGACUUGGGUUUUAAAACUAGAGUCCUAAAAUUAUCCAAACCUAUUUUGGUUUGGCUUUCUUUUAUCUUAUAUAUAUACGUUCUAGUUGUAAGAGAGAUUGUGAUUUGAGACUAAAAGCUAUUGGCAAUCAACAACAUGCCGCUGUUUGAAUUAAUUUAUAUUUAUGGUCGCCUUGCGGUGAGGAGUAUAGCAAGGCCUGUAGCUUCUGGCUUGAGAAAAGGUGCUGACAUGAAUCCCAAAUUCCAACAAUUCAUUGUCCAAAAUGCUCAGAGAACCCAAAAAGACGAGAAGAAAGUUGUAGAUGAAGUCGCUCAAACUCUCGUUUUCUCGACGAUGGCAGGUAGCGCACUUGUCUAUUACAUGAGAAGAAGUUCAGAGAAAAAGGAAAGACUAGUGGAAGAAGCGCUGAAAAAGGUGCCGCAAAAAGUGCACGAUCGGCUGCAACAGAUGCAAGAAAAGGUGUCGCAAGAAGUGCGGAAUGAGCUUCUCAAAGAGUUGCGGGAAGAACUUCUGAAAGAGCUGCGUGAAGAACUCAGAGGCGGACAGGAUUUGAAGGUCGGAUUGCACUUUUAGAUUCAACAAAAAAUCUGUUUUGCAUAAUAGGUAUGGAUUUGAUUGUUAUAGAUUAAAAAAUAAAAAAGUGAAAAUUUGAGGUUUUAAUUUAUUACUUAGUCUCUAGGCAUUAUUUUGUUUGAAUGAAAGCAAGUAUAGUUUAAUUA